GUCGUUCAGCUGCCACCUGUGCUGUCGGCGCAGCUGUGUCACGGCGUCAGUGACGUCCCAGUCGCGCGGCUGUGCACAUCGCCGCCCGCCGGCUCGAUCGCUCGCUUGGCUCCCAGUUGACAGGCGGCCGGUCAGCUCGCUCCGAGACAUGGGGCGCUACAACGGCAAGACCUGCCGCCUCAUCUUCAUGCUCGUCAUCACGGCGCUCUUCUUCCUCGCCGAGCUGGUGUCCGGCUACCUGGGCAACUCCAUCGCGCCCGUGUCCGACUCGUUCAACAUGCUGUCCGACCUCAUCUCGCUCUGCGUCGGCAUCUCCGCCCUGCGCCUCGCCCGCUUCCAGCGCUCGCCUCGCUUCACGUACGGACUGCCGCGCACCGAGGUGCUGGGCGCCCUGAGCAACGCCGUCUUCCUCACGGCCCUGUGCUUCACGAUCUUCGUGCAGGCGCUCAUGCGGCUGGUGGAGCCGCAGAAGAUCUCGGACCCGGAGCUGGUGCUGAUCGUCGGGGCGCUCGGGCUGGCCAUCAACAUCGUGGGGCUCAUCAUCUUCCAGGAGUGCUGCUUCUGCAAGUCGCCGGACGGGGGCACGGAGGAGAGCCGGCUGCGCGACGGGCCGGACGGCGAAGCAGGUGCCUUUCGAACCACAACGGGGGGGGGGGGGGGGGGGGUUAGGCGGACUUUGGCCUGGAGGGUCUUUGGACGGGGUGGUGCGAGGUGGGGCAUUAACGCGCACACACACAGAAUUUCUUGUUGGUCAUUAGGUGUCGCCGCAGCCAGUGGCAACCAGCCGGACAGCCGGGACAAGAAGAAGGACGACAGCCCUGCAGCCGCCUUGAAUAUCCGAGGUGUCCUGCUCCACGUGCUGGGCGAUGCCCUCGGCUCGGUGGUGGUGGUGGUGGCUGCCACCAUCUUCUAUAUAUGGCCCUUGUCACCUGAGACCCCAUGUAACUGGGAGUGCUACGUAGAUCCCAGCCUGACCGUUAUCAUGGUCAUCAUCAUCAUGUCCUCGGCCUUUCCUCUCCUCAAAGAGACGGCUGGCAUUCUGCUACAGAUGGUACCUGAAGGAGUCGAUGGCAAGAAGAUUGGUGAGGCUCUCCAACAGGUGCCCGGCGUGCAGGGCGUUCAUGAGCUGCACAUGUGGGAGCUGGCAGCAGGGCGCAAUGUCGCCACAGUCCAUGUGAAGAGUGCCAACCUGGCAGCUUUUCAGCACGCUGAGCACCAGAUUCGCGAGAUCUUCCACCAAGAGGGGAUUCACUCCACAACCAUCCAGCUUGAGCUGACCCACCAGGACAAGCCCAGCAGGGCCGCCCUUCUCUGCUCGGCCGCCUGCCUGUCCCAGGAGUGCCAGAGCCAGAUGUGCUGUCACACGGCCCCCAGCGCCUCGGGAUAUGACGUCAGGGGCUACGUGGAGAUCGGCAGUGACCCUCCUGAGGACUUUGUGAAUGGGAGCGUGCUGAACCCACCAGACGAGGUGAUGAUCCUGCCAGAGUCCGUCGACCAGGCCCCCAAGAACACAGAUGUCCUGAGGAGUACUCACCUGUAGGGGGUGCUGUGUGGAGAGGACCCAGAGACCCCAGAGAGGCAAAUGAAGGAGAUGACAAGCCACCAGAGCAGGGGUGACGAUAACUGAAUGUUUGAAAUUCAGGAGACCACACCAUCAUGAUGCCCUUAACAAAGGGGGAGACCUGAAGCACUCAAGUCAGUCCUCUUGACCCAAUGUGACCCACACUGUCACCAGCUGUACCAGUAUCCCCCAUGCCAGCCCUGGCCCAUCUACCCCAUGCCCUGCCCCCUGUGCCCAGUGGCCUACGCUGCUCAUGUGCUGCUGUCUUUUUGAUACCCGGCCCCCAACUGGCCCCCCCACUGCCACAUCCUCUACACUGUCACCCUGUCACAGACCCCUGGCCAGGCAGUAAGCACCGGACUCUCCAAGUCACCCAAUGGCCAGCAGCAAAUGAGUGGACCAAAGGACAGCAGUGACUCCUGGGGAUGGGGCAGGACAUGUGGUGACCUCUGUGUUUGUGUGACAUGUGUCUUAUAUAGCGUCUUUCAUAUUGUAUGAGAUGUCAUAGAGAGACGGCCAUCAAGGCCUAUCAGAAGUGACCUUAGGCUGACCAGUGGCCGACAGCUCAGGGCUGUAAUGACGAGGACGGCGGGCACGUCACCUUUUAUGCACUUUUUUCUUUUCUUGUUGCUGUUCACCCCAAGGCCAGCGGGCACCUCCACUGGCACACAAUGACUGUCAAACAGACACUGGAAACACCAUAAGGAGGAGAAGAAGGGACAAGGCGGGAGCGGCAUCAUGUGACAGGAAAGGUGCCAAGACCACAAUGCUAUGGCAAUGCCAGGUGGUCCGCUGAGCAGACUUGAUGAGGAACAGUGAAAGUCUGAUUUAGUUUGAAGUGAAGUCUCAUUAAAGUUUACAAUCAAACUGA